CCUGGGCUUCCUCUACCCUCGUUUGUUCCACCGCGCCCAUGUUUCAGUGACGCACCUCAAGCUUCCUAAAACCAUGCUAUGCUCCCAGGGUUCGCUCAACAACAUACACCUACCUCCUCCGACCCAGGCAUUGCCCUGUCUCACAUCCAACCCUCUCACCCUCUCCAAGGUGCAGAGCAAGAUGCUGUUGAACCAUCACCGAGUCCGGAUCAGCGAAGUACCACGGCCGGUUCCUUGCAUGGUUCUGAUCUCCACGAACCCUUUCCACAAUUCCCGGUGACGCCGCCUCCUCUGCAAGACCAGGAGCCUCGUGGUCUAGCCUCGCGCGUCUGGCACGCAAUCAUGUCUCGAAGUCCUCUCUUGCUUAUCCGGUCCUCUCCCGCGCUGGGCACCGGCUCGUAUGGCGCCGUGCCACUCUUGGAAUCACGGUCGAGGUCGAAUUCAAUCUCAGAGGACGAAGAGAACGGACACCUUCGGCCACGGAGUAGUAAGAGUCGUGGGAAGAGGGUACAGUCGGAACACGAACCCCAGAGCAACCAUGCCCAUUUUGCGGAUGCUCGACGACGCUUUCGCAGUACAGAGUGGCCGCGAACCCGUCGGAGGCACUCUUCGUCAGCCAGUGAUAUCGGCAUGGGGUUGGAUUCAAAGACGUCCUUCGCGGUAAAUGGACUGAUCGGCGAGGGUAAAGGGGAAUCGUCACCCGACAGUACACCUGAAAAUGCCACCACGGAUGAAGACGAAGAGGACGAGGCCGCUGCGGAGGACGACCCCCCGGAUAAUUCUCCUUAUCCUGAAGUACGAGCCUCAGUCCCGGCGACUGAUAAUGCUUCCUUGUCCAUCAAUACACCUCGCAUGUGGAUUUUAUCCUUGUUUUUCGCGAUAGCGGGAUCGGCCACCAAUUUAUUCUUUUCCUUGCGUUAUCCCAGCGUUGCUAUAACUCCGGUCAUAGCACUAGUACUGGUUCAUCCUAUGGGCAAACUAUGGGAUUUGCUCCUGAAGCGAAGCUCCGACUCUGACGAGGUUUUUGUCAGUGGGACUCUCCAGACCAAAGACAGCGUUUUUCCACAAUCGCGUGGCCAACGGAUACGCUCUUGGCUCGCCCAAGGUCGCUGGAACGAGAAAGAACAUGCUUGUGUAUACAUAAGCAGCAACGUGUCUUUUGGUUUCGCUUUCGCGACCGAUGUCAUUGUCGAGCAACACAAGUUCUACAAACAGGAAGUUCCCAUUCUCUACCAACUUCUCCUCACCAUUUCCACCCAAAUUCUGGGUUAUGCAUUUGCUGGACUCACGAGGAGGUUUCUGGUUCGACCCGCAGCGAUGAUCUGGCCCGGCACGUUGAUGUCGACGGCCAUGUUUACAACAAUGCAUAAGGAUGAAAACAAGCCAGCGAAUGGAUGGAGGAUUUCACGAUAUCGCUUUUUCAUUUAUGUCUGGGCUGCAGCAUUUGCAUGGUAUUUCCUUCCUGGGCUCUUAUUUCCAGCAUUGAGUUACUUCAGCGUCGUCACAUGGUUUGCGCCAAAGAAUGUGGUUGUCUCGAACCUGUUCGGUGUGGCUUCAGGCUUGGGUCUUUUCCCAGUGACCUUUGACUGGGCUCAGAUUGCCUAUAUCGGCUCUCCACUUUUGACCCCGUGGUGGGCUGCCGCUAACGUAGUAGGAGGACUGGUUCUAGUCAUGUGGAUUGUGGCACCUAUUCUAUACUACAAAAAUGUCCUCUUCUCAGGAUAUUUGCCUAUACUUUCCUCGGCUGUGUUUGACAACUCUGGCAAACCAUACGACGUCAGCAAGAUUCUUACCCCCGACUUUCUAUUCGACAAGGAGGCUUACGACAACUAUUCCAAAGUCUACCUUCCCAUCACCUACGUCCUCUCCUACGGCGUACAAUUUGCCUCACUUUCGGCACUUUUGACGCAUACGACGUGCUGGCAUGGUCGUGAUAUAUGGCGACAGUCACAACAAGCCUUCAAUGAGAAGCAAGAACAAGCAAAUAUCGGAUACCAAGCCGUUCCAAAUCCAGACCGCGAAUACAGCCUACGCAGGGUCAGUAGUCAGACCAUUCGAGCUGGAGGUGAGGAUGUUCACAAUCGAUUAAUGAGACGAUACGAAGAUGUGCCCAUGAUAUGGUAUGCACUCACCUUUGUGGUGAUGCUAGCCGUUGGAAUAUUUGUUGUCGAAUAUUAUCCAGUUCAUCUGCCUUGGUACGGUUUGCUGAUGGCACUCGGCAUCACCACUGUUUUGUUCAUUCCAGUGGGUAUUGUCAUGGCCAUCACGAAUCAACACAGCAGUCUGUACUUGAUCUGUCAACUCAUUUGCGGCAUGGUUUUCCCUGGCCGCCCAGUCGCCAACAUGGUAUUUGUGACGUACUGCUAUAUUAGCUCUGCCCAGGGCAUCAAGUUUUCUUCCGAUCUGAAACUGGGACAUUACAUGAAAAUCCCACCAAAACUGUUGUUCAAGGUUCAGAUGGUCGCCACAUUGGUCUCGAGUCUGGUACAGAUUGGUGUUUUGAACUGGAUGUUUACAAACAUUCCUGGGAUAUGCACUCCCCAGGCGAUCAACGGAUUCAAUUGUCCCAUUGCGCGGGUGCAUUUCAACGGGAGCAUCUUGUGGGGUGUCGUCGGUCCACAGCGGUUCUUUGGUCCCGGGGCGUUGUACAGGCCACUUGUGUGGGCAUUUCUGGUCGGGGCCAUUGCACCCAUCCUUGUGUGGGUCAUGGGUCGCGGCAAGAAGAAGACGAUAUGGCGCAAGAUCAACUUCCCGGUCCUGUUUGGCAGUUUGAGUUGGAUCCCGCCUGCCACGGGACUCAACUUUUCCAUCUGGGGAGUGGUGUGCUUUGCAUUCAACCACGUCAUGAAGCGUCGUGCAUCCGCCUGGUGGGGAAAAUACACCAUGACCAUGUCCGCCGCGUUGGAUUCGGGGUUGGCAUUCUCACUCGUCGUGGUCUUUUUCGGGUUCGUGUAUCCCGGUGUGAUGGAUGGGUUCAAGUGGUGGGGUACAGAAAUUUACAAGCAAGGCUGUGACUGGCAAGCAUGUCCAUGGUUGAAGUUGGGUCAAGGGGAGAAAUUCGGGCAAUAACUUUGGACAUUUGCUUGAUAUUCUUCAAGACAUCUUGAUAUUGUGUACCUUGCGUCCUUGCUGGGAUGGUCACUGGUGCAGUGGUGACGGUAUAGUUAGAAUAGACGUGUCCGGUGUGACGAAACGUGUCGAUGUUCUCGUUGACGGAGGACUAGAUGGUGACUGAUGAUUUAAUGAUGACAAUGAAAUGAUCUUGAAUAAAGAAGUAUGAAGAAGUCUGUC